AUGUUUGACCAUCAAGCGCCGUGGAUUAUGGUUGGCGAAACAUCCGAAACCGUUUCCAUUUUGGAACGGGAGUGCCUGGCACAGGAUCAUGCUGGCUCAGUUCGCAUAGCCGACGCCGAAAGCAAAGCAGCAGAGAUCAAGCUGGAGAAGAACUCGCUGAUCCGGGCACUUCCGGCCGAGAGGGAACGACACCUACUCCAACUUUGUCAGCGCCGACGGGAGUUGGAGCUCGAGGUUCACGCGCAAGUCUACGAUGCUGAGCAGACAGCGCUGUCAGAGGAGCAAAGUCUCGCGAUGGUGCAAAAAGCAUUGUCUGACGCCAAAGCACUACACUCCAUGAUGCAGCGCCAGGUUGCAGACUUCUCCGCUCAUGCCAAAGACCUGAGCUGGCAACUUGAGCAGCGAGUGCGCGAGGCAGAACAUUCUGGAAGCUUCUUGGCUGACAGAGUCCGAUCUGACGGAGACUGUCGAAAGCAAUCUGCAGAGGACUUCGCCAAAGACGAAGGAUCUCGCAUUGCCGCCAUUGCGGCCUUGCCGCAGCUGGCUUCACUCAAGUGA